CAUAUCAUACAGAGGACAAGGAGCAACCACCAGCACUUAUCUGUUCUGUCCCUCCCACCCUCCUCAAGAACAAGGGCGCAAUCUGCUCCAGCUCGUCGGCGAAAACUAGUGAGGCGAUCAUCCGGGAGAUGGCCGACGUUGUAGCGCCGGAGUUGUUCGCGGCGUCGGCUGCGAAGAAGGGAAGACUGGAAGGGAAGAUAGCGCUUGUAACAGGAGGAGCAGGUGGGCUCGGCAAGGCCACGGCUCGCGAGUUCAUCCUGGAGGGCGCGUCCGUAGUCAUUGCUGACGUGAACUCUGCCAUGGGCCUCCAGACCGCCGAGGAGCUGGGCCCGCAAGCCCAUUUCGUCCACUGCGACGUGACGGUGGAGGACAGCGUCGCCGGGGCGGUGGACACCACCGUCGCAAGGCACGGCCGGCUGGACGUCAUGUUCAACAACGCCGGCAUCGUUGGAGCGCUGUCCGGCACGUCAGAGAUGGCCAGCCUUGACCUGGGCGAGUUCGACCGUGUGAUGGCCGUGAACGUGCGUGGCACCCUGGCGGGGAUCAAGCACGCGACGCGCGUCAUGGUGCCGGCGGGCUGCGGCUCCAUCCUCUGCAUGGCGAGCAUCAGCGGCAUCCUGGGCGGCCUCGGAAGCUACCCCUACGCGGUGUCCAAGCUCGCCGUCGCAGGGCUCGUGAAGACCUCCGCCGCCGAGCUGUCGCGCCACGGCGUCCGGAUCAACUGCAUAUCGCCGCACGCCGUGGCGACGCCGAUGGUGGUGGAGCAGUUCUCGCAGAUCUUCCGUGGCGCGGACGAGGCGCAGCUGGCCGCGAUCAUCAGGGGGCUCGGUGAGCUCAAGGGCGCGACGUGCGAGGAGGUGGAUGUGGCAAGGGCGGCCGUGUACCUCGCGUCCGACGAUGCCAAGUACGUGUCCGGCCAGAACCUGGUGGUGGACGGCGGGUUCACCACCUACAAGCACAUGAACUUGCCGCCCCGCAAGCCACAGGACAUAAGCGAGUGAGUGAUUGGCCGCAGUUGAUAUUGCUUGCGUUUGUGCUCGUGUGGGUGGGUUUGUACAAAGCUGCAUGGACG